AUGCAGAUCUUCGUGAAGACGCUGACGGGGAAGACGAUCACGCUGGAGGUGGAGUCGUCGGACACGAUCGACAACGUCAAGGCCAAGAUCCAGGACAAGGAGGGGAUCCCGCCGGACCAGCAGCGGCUCAUCUUCGCCGGGAAGCAGCUGGAGGACGGGCGCACGCUGGCCGACUACAACAUCCAGAAGGAGUCGACGCUGCACCUGGUCCUCCGCCUGCGCGGCGGCGCCAAGAAGCGCAAGAAGAAGACCUACUCGACGCCCAAGAAGGUCAAGCACGAGCGCGAGAAGACCCCGCUCGCCGUGCUCGGCUACUACAGGGUGGACGACGCCACGGGCAAGGUGGAGAGGCUGCGCAAGGAGUGCCCCAACCCGGACUGCGGCGCCGGCACCUUCAUGGCGGCGCACGCCGACCGCCACGCCUGCGGCAAGUGCGGCCUCACCUACGCCUACGCAGAGGCCCAGAGCCCAGAGAUCGACAGUGAUUGA